AGCAGCGAGGGCCUGUGACGGGGCGCGGCGCCAUGGCGGGCGUGGGGCGGCGGCUGCGGGCCGGGCCCGGGCGCUGAGAGCCUGCCUCGCCGCGGGCCGGGCACGCCGGCCUCCCGGAGCGCCUGCCCGCCCGUCUCCCCCCUCCCUCCGGCUGCCCCUCGCCCCGCUGCCUCUUCCCGCCGCGCCGCGGAGAUGGCGUCGGGGCUGCGCGCCGCCGGCUUCCCCCCGUGGAAGCGGCACAUCGCGGCGGAGCUGCGGCGGCGGGACCGGCUGCAGCGGCAGGCCUUCGAGGAGAUCAUCGGGCAGUAUAACAAACUACUAGAGAAGUCAGACCUUCAUGCAGUGCUGGCUGAUAAGUUUCAAGCAGAAAAAUAUGACAUGCAGAGCAGACAUGAGAUCAGUCCAGGACAUGAUGGCACAUGGAAUGAUGCUCAGCUGCAGGAAUUGGCACAGCUGAAGAUAAAGCACCAAGAGGAGCUGACAGAGCUGCAUAAAAAACGUGGCGAGUUGGCCCAGUCUGUAAUUGAUCUGAAUAACCAAAUGCAGCAGAAGGACAAAGAGAUGCAGAUGAAUGAAGCAAAGAUUGCAGAGUAUUUGCAAAAGAUCUCUGAACUGGAAACAGAGUGCCAGGAAUUGCGUAGCAAACUGCAAGAUCUUGAGCGAGCUAAUCAGACACUGAAAGAUGAGUAUGAUGCUCUCCAGAUCACCUUCAAUGCCUUGGAGGAGAAACUAAGGAAAACUACUGAAGACAACCAGGAACUGGUUUCGCGUUGGAUGGCAGAGAAAGCCCAAGAAGCCAAUCGUCUGAAUGCAGAAAAUGAAAAGGAUUCAAGGAGACGACAAGCCAGGCUGCAGAAGGAGCUAGCAGAGGCUGCCAAAGAACCCCUGCCUGUUGAACCCAGGGAUGAUGAUAUUGAAGUACUUGCAGAUGAAGCCUCUGACACUGCUGAGGAGACAUCUCCAGUGCGAACUGUCAGCCGAACAUCCAGUAAGCGACUCUCCCAGCCAGCUGGAGGCCUUCUGGACUCUAUCACUAAUAUCUUUGGUCUGUCUGAGUCUCCCCUUUUGGGACAUCAAUCUUCUGAUGCUGCCAGGAGACGUUCUUUGUCCUCGUUCCCUGCUCCCCAGGAUAAUGUAGAGCCACAUCCAGGUGCCAGUAAAGAAGUGAGAGUGCCCACCACUGCCAUAUGUGUCUUUGAUGCACAUGAUGGGGAGGUGAAUGCAGUGCAGUUCAGCCCUGGCUCCCGGUUACUAGCAACAGGAGGCAUGGACCGGAGGGUUAAGCUCUGGGAAGUCCUGGGAGAUAGGUGUGAGCCCAAAGGUUCCCUCUCUGGUAGUAAUGCUGGGAUUACAAGCAUAGAAUUUGAUAGUGCUGGUUCUUACCUCUUAGCAGCUUCCAAUGACUUUGCCAGCAGAAUCUGGACGGUUGAUGACAAUCGAUUACGGCACACCCUAACAGGUCACAGUGGCAAGGUCCUGUCGGCCAAGUUCCUGCUGGACAAUGCGCGCAUCGUGUCGGGGAGUCAUGACAGGACCCUCAAGCUCUGGGACCUCCGCAGCAAAGUUUGCAUAAAAACAGUGUUUGCAGGAUCUAGCUGCAACGACAUCGUCUGUACUGAGCAAUGUGUAAUGAGUGGACAUUUUGAUAAGAAAAUUCGUUUCUGGGACAUCAGGACUGAAAGCAUAGUAAAAGAACUGGAGCUGCUUGGAAGAAUCACAGCUCUGGACCUGAACUCAGAGCGAACAGAGCUUCUGACCUGUUCCCGUGAUGAUCUACUGAAGAUCAUUGACCUGCGGGUUAGUGCUGUCAAGCAGACUUUCAGCGCCCAGGGAUUCAAAUGUGGCAGUGACUGGACGAGAGUUGUGUUCAGCCCUGAUGGUAACUAUGUGGCUGCUGGUUCAGCUGAUGGGGCCCUUUACAUUUGGAAUGUGCUCACUGGGAAAUUGGAGAGGACACUUGCAAAGCAUCACAGCUCCUGUAUCAAUGCAGUGGCGUGGUCCCCAGCAGGUGCCCACGUGGUGAGUGUGGACAAAGGGAACAAGGCUGUCCUGUGGGCCGAGUUCUGACCCAACAGGGGGUGGAAGGCAGAGUAACCAGUGGGCCAGGGCCCACAGCACGGACACCCCAGCACAGAUCCAUCCUGAGCGGGGAUAUUGACAAGCACAUGGGCUUCACUUCCAGAGGAAAGGUCUAAAGCAAUGGAGAAGGAGUCUGAGUCAGACUUGUUGUGGCCGUAACUGCACUGUGGCAUUCGGACUCAGCAAGGGAUUAGCUGUUCUGGAUGGAGAAUGCUCCUUAGUGCUGCCUUUACAUGCAGUAUCUAUGCACCAGUGGAGCUGAAGAUACUAGCGGGAUUCCUCACCAGGCAGCUGUGCCAAAUACCCUGUCACACAAAUUAAUCUACAGCACUUCUGAGCUGGAAAGAAGUUACUGUGUAUGCUGACUUAAUACAUGUCCUGUCUCCUGGGUUCUGUUCUUGUGGCCUGGUUCAGGUAUGGGUUGGCAAGAUCCUGAAAUGUGGACAGGUCCUAGGCAGUCUGGAGUGUUGGAACAGCUUUUGAAGGUUGUCUCCUGUGGCUCUGGCAGCUCUCCCUUUGAGUUCCCAGCUCAAGUCAGGUCUGCUCUGAUCCUGGCACCAGUCCUCCAGCACUGUCAUGUGAACUCUUGAGUCGGUUUCACCUGUCCUUAAGGCAAUGGUCUCUUCUUCAGGACUUCUGCACCCAUUUGUUAAAAUGCCCUUCAGCAGCUUGGGUAUCACAAAAAUAGGAAAUUUUAAAUCUUUAUUCCACAGACAGUUUGGGUACUGGGUGUGGGAAGAGAGAAGUUCUACUUGUGUUGUGUUGCUGUGAUAAGGAAUGUAGUCAUACUGUGACUUCAGUACCAGAGUGUAGAUGUUUGGCCCCUUUUCUCUGUUCAUCCGUCCUGUCCUGGCGGCUGUCAGUAGAACACAGAGGAGCAGUGGAGUUAAAUCCCAAAUCCAUGGUUUUGGUGCUGGCAAUUCCAGGCCACUUGCCCCCAUCUUGAGCACACGUGCAAUAUUCCUGUUUGCGCUGGAGCCCUCUGUGCUGCAGAGCAGUGUCUUGGCUAUGUCCCUGUUUGAGCAUCCACAACCAAGAUGUGGUUGGGUGUGAGCUACCUGACAUAACUUGAUUCAGUCAAACCUUUCCACAUCAUCUGGGCCUCAAGACAAGCCACCAGCGUUUUAUUGCCUUUUUAUUUGCACUUUAUUUUCUUCUUUCCUGAUAGUGUUUUACUAAGAAAGUGUGUUCUUUGGAGGGGCUCGAUUAGGGGGUAGCUGCUGUAACAGGCAUCUCUCUAACCUAGUCUUUUGUUCAAACACUUUCUGCAGAGGGGAGUUGGAGUAUAUGGGGCAAAGUUUUUAUUUAUUCAGCUGCCCAUAAGAACUUGAUUGUAAAUAAACCUGUGUUCUGCUUUUAAAACCCCACAA